ACUUCUGGGCGUGUGUCAGGGAGAAAACGGAUGGAGAUACGACUAGGUAGGAGAGUAAAUCAAUUAAAAAAAAAAAGCACCUGCUAUCCUGGCUAUCCUGGGGGUGGAGUCAUGUGUGUGUGACGUAGCACCCAGCCAUCCUUUUCCAUGUGGUGAGAGGAUUUUUCCAUCUCAGAGUCUCAGGCUGAAGGGAGGAAUGACAGACUAGAAGAGUAAUCUCUUCUCUUCUACUCCAAGCUCCUAGGACGUGACUAAACAAUGAGGACUAAAGAGGAUGCACCAAGCGACCGUUGGUAUUUAGUAGGAAUCAUUUUCUUUAUCCUUGGACUGGGAACACUGCUGCCAUGGAAUUUUUUCAUGACUGCCUCAAUGUACUUUAAUAACAGGUUGAACACGUCUGAAUGGAGCAAUGGCACAGUUACGGCCAGGAAGGAGUACUACUUCAACAACUGGAUGACUCUGCUAUCCCAGCUGCCCCUGCUGCUCUUCACCCUGCUCAACUCCAUCCUCUACCCACGGAUCUCAGAGAAAGUGCGGAUAGCAGGCAGCCUGGUCUUCAUCCUCAUCCUCUUCAUCUUCACAACCAUCCUAGUGAAGGUUCCAAUGGAGCAGGACCACUUCUUCUCCAUCACCAUGGCAACCAUUUGGUUCAUAAAUUCGUUCGGAGCAGUGCUGCAGGGGAGCCUGUUCGGUUUGGUAGGCUUGCUGCCUCAGAAAUACAGCGCAGUGUUCAUGAGUGGACAAGGUCUGGCCGGGACGUUCGCCGCUCUCGCCAUGCUCUUCGCCAUCGCAAGUGAGACAGAUGAAGAAACUGCAGCUCUUGGAUAUUUCAUCACUCCAUGUGUGGGGACGCUGAUAACGCUGAUCUGCUACCUGCUGCUGCCCAAACUGGAUUUUGCUGGAUUUUACCUCAACAAGAGUAAAGGCCAAGGCUACGAGGCCAAUGCUACUAGAGAGCUUCUACCUAAAGGCAUACAGGAGAAUGGGGAACCGAACAGUCAGGCCACUGAUUCGGUGCCCAAUGGAACUCCCAGCAGUUCGGAGAGUGAUGGUACCAAUCAAGCAUUUGUUAGCAUUGGUGACGAACAUGCCAAGCAAGCAAAGAGCUCUGUGUUGGAAGUGUUAAAAAAGAUCUGGGUGAUGGCGUUCUGUGUAACAUUCGUGUUCACGGUCACACUCUCAGUCUUCCCCGCCGUCACAGUGGACGUGAAGACCGCGUACCCGGGAAAGUGGGAACUUUAUUUUAUCCCUGUGUGCUGUUUUCUGCUCUUUAACGUGAUGGACUGGACUGGGAGAUCUGUCACAUCUAUCAUACAAUGGCCCUCUAAAGAGAGUCGGUUGUUUCCAGCGCUAGUGGUCUCCCGUGUCAUCUUCGUUCCUCUGCUGAUGUCCUGUAAUGUUCAGAAACGCCACUUCCUGCCUGUGCUCUUUUCCAACGAUGGGUACUUCGUCAUCAUCAUGAUGCUCUUCUCCGUGUCCAGCGGUUAUUGCGUCUGUCUGUCUAUGUCUUACGCACCACAGUUGGUGGCUCCACAAGAUGGAGAGACAGCAGGAGCUCUGAUGACGUUCUUCCUGGCUCUGGGGCUUUCUUUGGGAGCCGCUCUGUCUUUCAUGCUGCGAUUAAUCAUCUAGUCUAGUCCGUACGCAACGUAUGAGGUGACCAGGCCCGAUUUACACCAUCUCUUCUUCACCCACUAAAUCUGAAAGGUGUGAUCCAUUACCAGGAAUCACUUGGGACAAAAAGGGCUAAUCACUUCAUACUGUAAAAUAUUUCAGCAGAAGGACUGAAAUGUUGGCCAUUUUUAUUGUUAUUAUUCUCUGUAGCGUGUAGGUUUAUUUUCCAGAAGGGAAGUCUUCACAAUGACAGAACAAAAGGGAACAGACAUAGAGCUUAUUCUUGAAAAAUAACCCUCAGUUCAGUUUAUCCCAAACACUGCCAGAGUAGUUAAUAUAGAAUGGAUUGGCUCCUGAGUGGUGCAGCAGUAAAGUGAAGGUGUUCCUCUCUCCUGUCAAGCAGAUAGAUAGUAGAUAAUGCUUUCCUCUGAGUGAGUUCAGCUGUCCUGUAACGUAGAAUGAGCAGCAUUCUGGUGGCUGGCUACAUUGCGCUGGAUGGAUUGGGAAAAGUAUGUGAAUCAGGAUGGAUGGGAGAAAGAAUGGAAAUCGACAUGGAUGGAUUGAUGGAGGUUUUUUUUCUUUUGUACUUUUAAGGAUUGAUCUCAGAUUUUUUUUUUUUUUAGAUAUGUAAAGUUUUUGACUGCAGGACAUUUUUCAGUCUGAAAGGCUGUAAAGGCUCUGCAGACUUGUGGGAAGAACUGACAGCCAUGUACCUCCUCAGUGUGACAACAGGGAUUUCCGUUAUUCGUUUGUUGUCAGGAAAUAAAGGGAAACCAGCGGUGGUUCGUUGACCAGCGGUGAAAAUAUAGAUGCUGUUUAUGUUAACGUAUAUAUCCUAACUGUAGAUAAUCAGUAACUAUAACCUCAGGAGCAUUGACAUUUCACACUUCGUUUCAUUUCUAUGGAAAAAAGGGAAAAAAUGAUCAUUCUGUGGUGUUUUGGUUUUCGGGACCACAUAGGAAAAAGGAAGAGAGAAAGGGAAGUUUUGUGUAUAUUAGUUAUGAGAAACUAAAUGUUCACUCAUGUUUUAACGCUUACUAUCAAUGUAUCAGUGUAUCAAUGUAACAUAAACGUGCGCGCACACACACACACACACACACACCAGGCUGAUGCUGAACCAGGCUGAUGCUGAUCCAGGCUGAUGCUGAAAAAUGAAGAAAAUUGUUUUGUAUCGGAAUGUUUCUGUUUACAAGCCUCAGGCUAGAUAUUUAUUGGCUUAAACCAUUUUAGGUACAUAAAAUUUGUUCAUUACCAAGUAUUAAACGUAGCAGAAAAGCGGAAAACAUUUAGAAAUGUAUUCUAGUAAGGGAUGUGUUCUUCGAAUAAGGGAAAGGCACAUGCCUGCACAAGUCACUGCUUGGUUUAGAGAAAAUACGUUUUCCGUUGAGGGAAUUAUUUUGAUGCAUUUUGGAAGAUGGCAUGCAGCGACGCACACUGCGUGAACAUUCGGAGACAGACGUCUCCUCAAAUGGCUUCCCAUUUUCUCUGCGCUGUAAUUUAUGGUGGAGUAAAUUACAGGCUUUUGCAGAAACUGUCUGUCAGCUCUGACAGCUCAUCUGCAAGGUCAUCGCUGAGAGUUACAACAGCUCUGCUCUUUGGCCCUGUUUGUUUGGACUGGAUUGAAAUAGAGCAAAAGAGCUAAGGAGGACUUUUCUCUCUUCUUUACGUGCUUUUCUUCUGAAUCCGUGUUUCCAUGGUAGCAUUUACAAGUGUAGAGCACAGCACUGUGCUGCAAAUCCCGUAUGCAAAUUCUGUGCACUUGUAAAAGAUUUGUGUUUGGCGAGAAGAAUGAAAUGCAGAAGAAAGUAAUGUUGUUCUCAUAGAUCCUGUCCAACAUGAAUUAGCUGACAGUUAAGUAAUCUGAGUAGUCCUCAUCUGAUGCCUAGAUGUAAUUUUUACUCAUUAAAAGUUAAAGAAUUUGCACUGCAUAAAGUAAAUUGCAGGAAUAUUAUCCUGGUUAUGCCUAUAAAUACUGACCUGACAAGUUCAGUUACCUCUUAUUCAUUUUUUUUUUUUUACAUUUAUUUUAUUGUUAUUUUUAGUGUUCGAGCUAUGCAUUAUUAAAGAAGCAGUUUGUAAUGUUUAUAGUCCUUUGCCUUCUGGGAGGUGAACUGUAACUGCAGUUAAAAUCACUGACAAAACUUCUCUGUUGAAACUGCAUAGUCCUUCCAAGUUUUUUUAUUUUAUUUUAUUUUUAUUUAUUUAAAAAGAAAAAAAAGGUAAAGUUGAGCAGUUGUGUUCCUGUUGGAGGCGGACCUAAUUUCUGGUCCAGAAAAUAAUGCAAUCACCAGCCACUGCAUGACAAUAUUUGACAUCGGUAUUUCUAUGAUGUCCAAGUUCUAACCAGUAAUAAACAUUACAAACUGCACCUUUUAAUUCUUUUCUUUCAAAUCACGUAACAUUUACUACCUAACCUUUUUUUUUCCUUUUCCUUUUACAGUUUGUGGUUGCCUAACUUCAUGGCUACAAUCCACAUAAACUUUCACUCAUUUGUAAUUAUGCUGUAAUCCAUUUUCUUCUUUCCUUCUGUGUUUAAGCUUGACAGUUGAAGUUAAAAUUUUUCAGUAUUUUAUUAA